AUGAGCGACACCGAUGACAGAAAACGCUGGUGGCAAGAAAAAAUAUAUGAAUUUUGUGGAUACACUUUAAAAAUUUCGAUGUUUAAGGAUUCUUCUUUGGGCGUUUCUGCCUAUGUCUGGGAGCCAGGCAUUGAACUUUGUCAGCACUUUCAAAACGUGAAGAUGAAUUUUUUCGGGAAGAGGAUACUUGAACUCGGAUCCGGCACGGGAAUCGUGGGGGUUUUGGCAGUACUCCUUGGCGGUGAUGUCACUCUGACGGACAAACCAGAUGUUUUGAAGCAAAUCGAGCACAACGUCUCUGCUAACAUCCCGUCACACUCCCGACACAGGGCCAACAUCGGUACCUUGGUCUGGGGCACUGAUCAGGACAACUAUCCAUCAGAUUUCGAUAUCAUCAUUGGCUCCGAUAUCGUGUAUAGUCCAACACAGUUCCCCAAUCUGAUAAAAACACUGCAGCAUUUCUGCAACGAAAAUACAAUAAUUUACCUGUCUUCUAACCUGGAAUUUAGGGUUGGGGCUGUGAAUUUUCAUGAGGAGAUCUUACCAAAGAAGUUCAACAGCGAAAUAAUUUACUCAAACAAUGGGAAUUGCAUUUACAAAAUAACUAAAAAGCUCCCAAUUGAUGCGAACUAA